CUCAAAAUCCCAAUUGCGUUGAAAUUAUCUAUAUAUGUUUGUUCCCAUGCCUGGGCGGGUAAAUCGGAAGCUUGACGUUCUUGAGAAAAUGCUUGAGCAUUUUCAAUCAAAUUCAUUCAAAAAUGAUAAAUCCAUACAUCAAGUGGGCACCUCCAACAGCCAUUCAAAUGACUCACGAUAUGUGGAAAUGCUUAAGGAGGAAGCCCAAAUGGAUCUCAGGUACAAUAUUACAGCUAGCACAGCUAACUGGGCUCUUCUUGCGGGUUACCUGGUUGUACCUGGAACUUUCACCUCAUUGCAAGAUUCAAACAAAGUCCAAGAUGCGUUGCAAGCAAACAAGACGGGGCGAGCUAUCUUGAAGACAAUCCAAAACCCCCCACUACUCGUCAUCGCCUGCUUAUUCUUCGCUGGCGGAACAACAGCGUUGUUUUGUUUGUUUCGAUCCCGAAAAAUCAGGAACAAUUAUCCUUGGUUGAUCAACAAGAUUUUCAUACCUGCCUCCUUGAAUGCGGCUGCUGGAUUGCUCACCCCAUUUGUCAAUAUCUACACAUCCCGCUCGGGCAACUGGUCGUUGAUGGCCAUUGUCACAACUAUCGUGACAGGUCUCAGUUUGCUUGUAUUCUCUUCUUUGCUGUGUUUCUACAAGAUGUUCAAAUUGAACAAAAUAAUUCGACAGGACGAGGCUGGAUCAGAGAAUUAGAUAUUUGUCUUCUAUCAUUCUUAAAUC